AGCGAAUUGACAAAUCCUACGCACAGCGCUUUUUUAUUGUCGAUCGGAGGAAAACUAUUUCGUAACGAGGCUGUUGGAGGUGGUUCGGCGUCCAGCUCUCUGUACUCAAGAAAAUUAGAACCCGCCGUUUCCAGUAGCAGCAGUCGAACGCGGAUUUGAGCUCCUUUUGGGACGGCGUUGAAAACUGGAGGGCUAAGUCCUUUUAGCAGGGCCUUUUUAGUUCCAAUCGUCUGCCGAGGAGGAUGUCGGCGGACGGUGUAAGUGCACUUGUAAACGAUCUCAAGCGCAAACAUAUCCCUCGCCUACUUAAACCACAGCUGAAGGAAGUGCUGAAAUCCUUGAAACUUUCUGGAACUGGUAACAAACCUGACCUUCAAGAGCGACUUGAAGAAUAUCUCCAGGAUGCCGCGAGAAAUAGGCACCAGGACGUUAAUCGCGUAUUCGAUCUGGUGAGACAGCAGCUUGACGAUAGGACUUAUAGCGGGUACAGCUCGCCAGCCUCCUCAUCCAGGCCGAUUGGAUCCCCGAGGGGCAUUCGCCUCAAAGUUCCUCCACCGAGCACUACCAGUGCUGCCCUCGCUACGAUGGGACAAUUGGCGGGGAAUUCUGCAGUUGUUAACGUGCAUGGAUCGGGUAGAAUAUCGCAAGAUCCGCAUUCAUUCAAAGGUUCACCAUUCUGGGAGGUAGAACAGAAGUUGUCGGCGCUAAAAAUCUGUGACUGUCGGCACGCAAAUUCAAGUUUCAAAGUGGAUUUCGAUAUUAGCGCAGAGAAAGCAACCAGAUUGCAAGCUGCGUUAGGUUCCAACCCGCCUCCGUAUCAGGUCAUGGUUUUCAUUGGCCCGUAUGAAGUUGCACAUACACCUCUUUCGCUGCAAUGGCCUGUCCCCUGUGAGCUCUGGGUCAAUAAUGAGCGAGUUGAUAUCAAGAAAUUCACUGGACUGAAGGGAAAGCCCUGGACGGGUCAACCAGCGGAUAUCACCCGACAUUGUCGACUUAAGCAUGGAGGUGGGCGGCAACGAGUUGAACUCCGCGUUGGCCAGCUUCCAAACAAGCAGAAUCUACCUUUCCCAGAUCGCGACAGACGAACACAACGAGAUCAACCAACCAGAUUUUUGAUGAGCGUACAAACAGUGACUCGUGUACCUAUUGAUACCAUUGUAGAACGGAUCCGCAGCACAAAGUUUAUCCCUAAAGAGCAGGUCCUUGCAGAAAGACAGCAAAUUCAGGCCGACGAUGAUGACGUCGUUGCUACAUCGGACAUCCCAGUAUCUCUCAAAGAUCCUGCGUCCAUGGUGCGAAUGACGUACCCCGCACGACCAUCGACUUGCACACAUGUGCAGUGCUUUGAUUGCUCAACAUUUUUUGCAUUGAACGAGCAAGUGCCGACAUGGACAUGUCCUAUCUGCAGUAAAUAUAUUCAAUCAUGGGAGUCCAUCUCGAUUGACGGAUAUUUCAUGGAUAUAUUGCAGUCCGUGUCUGAAGAUGUGGAUAUGGUUGAGAUUCGGCCGGAUGGGUCUUGGUAUGUGCCAGGCGAUAAGAAAGAGACGCUUGAAUCGGAGGAAAAAAAAGAAACAGUGGACACGGGAGAGGUUUUGUCUGUGGAUUCUGAUGAAGAAGAGAUUAAACAAUACAAGCGACUUAUUCCUGCCUCUUCAAAGCCAUCAACUGCCCGGCCAAAGCCAUCACCUCGAAAGCGGACAGAACCGGAAGUGAUCGACUUGACAUUGAGCAGCGACGAGGAGCCUGAACCACCGACUGCGCGCGCUCAUGAACAGAAAGGGAAAGGGCCCGCGGUGUCCAAUGGAACUACCGAAAGUUCUAGCCAGCACGUUGUAAAGGCGGAAUCACUUGAAACUCUCUCGCAGAUUCGAACGCCGUCGACAGAAAAUGCAUCACGCUCAAUCCUCAAUGCACCAACACGGGCGGCGCCGCCCACGCAUCAGCAUCCGCGCUCUGGCAUCGUCAAUGGACUCAGCGCUGCAGUACCUACACAUUCUGCGACCGGUGGGGGCCGCCUAAAUGGCAGCAUGGAAGGCGUUCAGAUGGGAAGUGGUACAAUAUCUUCAAACAACAUAUCGCACCCCUCUUGGUCGCAAGCACCAGUUCCCGCACCACCGACACAACAUAGCGGCCUGCCUGUUACAAUGCCUCAACCAUCGUCCAGUUAUGCUGGUUCUUAUCCAGGAACCUUACCGGCCUUCCCAAUUAUCCGUCCUUCUGUGACUUCAAGCAGCGCACAUAACUCACCAAGAUUUGCAGGCCAGGGUCUACCGUCUCUUGCACCUAAACCACCAGUUCCAUACAGCAACACCUCAAUACCAGCGCUGUCCUCUGCGAAUUCACCAAUACAAUCGGCACAUGGAUCUCCAAACUUUCUGAACGCAUCUCACUCACCUCGACUCGCGUCAUCCUCCACCCCUUUUGGACUCACUUCCCAAGCGGCAGCCAUCUCGCCUGCCUUCGGAUCUUCAUUCGUUCCUCUUCCUGGCAGCUCACCCCGACCCUACUACUCUGCGUCACCGCAAUCGACUUACCCAUCAAGACCAGUCUAUUCCUACGCACCUAACCCACCACACAAUCCCGCGACACUGGCUGCUUCAGCCGGAAGCCCGCAAUCUUAUAUACCCCCGAGAUAUUCAACGGCGGGAUCAGCUGCACCAUCUAUACCUCACAGUCCAUACACUCAGCACCAGCCCGUCAUCAAUCCACCACACCCUGUUGGACCACCAUUGAUGACGUACGGGCAAAAUAGCAUUCAACAACCUGGACCUCCAUUAGCAGGGGGACAUGGCACCAACCAUGCGGUUCCUGGAUCAGCCCCAGUAGCGGGGACAACAAUAACUAAUACUGAAAAUAAACGCACGGCCGAACAGGCUGGAUUCGCACAAGACGAAUGGGGACAACGAUAUCCGCGUUCCAGACCCGCCGGUUCUUAGCAUAUCUUAUGAUUCUGUACAUAGUUGGGUGGCAUGGCAUGCAGACGGUGUAUUUUAGGGAUUCGUCAAUGGCGUGCAGUCAUUUAUAAUUUUACGUCAAUGAACGUCC